CUUUACCUUAGACCGCGGGCCAGACAACUUGUCUUUGGCUUUGGCUGGUCUCUUCUCGUGGUUCUGUUUGUUUGUAAUGUCGGAACUUUGUAUCGGUUCGAAAACUUCUUGUGCCUUGUGUUUUGUUCAUUCAAAUUGUACUGUUUGUUGAAUUUCUUGUUUUUGUGCGAUUAUCAGUGCUUUUGACAGUUCACUUUUUGGGAUAUAGCUGUGCAAUAAUUGGAUUAAUUUAUUUUGAACAGAUUGCUGUAUUCCGGUCAAAAUGUCGUCGUUUUCCUUUUCGUUUCCCAUUUUCCGUAACCGGAACCGGCCUCUUUCUCUUUAAACCAUGUUACAAUCGUUAGAAGAAUACAUAGUAGAAAUGGAAAACCGUAGUGCCAUAGACCAAUCCCAUGCGGGAGCAGUCAACGAAGACAUCUGGACACAACUGCAACAAAAGGAAAACGAUCUGGUUUUAGCCGCCGAAUUAGGAAAAGCACUCUUGGAGAAAAACGAAGAACUGAAGAAGCAGAAGGAUGCGAUGGAGGAGGAGUAUUCGAAAAAACUAGAGUCAAUCGAACAAGACCGUCACAUCCUUCGACGGAAACUCCACUCUAAAGAAUCAGAACUAGAUGCCAGAAUAAUCGAACUCCAAAACGACGUUGCCGAACUCACAUCAAAGCUUCAAGCCAAAGACAACCUUCUGAAACAAUGGGAACGAGACAAGAGCGGCCUCAUGGCGGAGUUGACAGCUCAAAACACCAGACUGACGUCGCAGCUGAAGGACGCAGCACAUAAAGAACAACAUCUCGCGAGAGAGAUCGACGAAUACAAAGAGAGGUUGAGUUUGGGAAAAAGCAGUUUACAGGAACACAUGAACAGUGUCGGCGGUCUUAGAGACGAACUAGAAAUAGCCAGUGAAAAGAACCAAGAACUCGAAAGGCGCCUACAAGUAGCAGCAUCUGAUAGAGACAGCAUAGCCCUAGCGUUAGAGGAAGCCUCCGAUAGAAUUCUGAUGUUGGAAAGGCACGCUCGGGAGCAGGAUAUGCGGUACCAACAGAGUCUGAAGGAAUACAGCUUGCCGCAAGAAAAAUUAUCGAUAGAGGAAAGGCUUAGUGCUGGUGAAGAGCGAUCUCUAUUGUCAGAAAUGGACAUCUCGGAGCCCACUUUGUCUCAGGAGUGUAUGUCCGUCUACCGCCAACUUAGAUCUCUGGUUCUGCAACUGAAGUCCCAUUCCGACGACGAUAGCGGCCUUCAUUCGGAUUGUUCAACUGCGUCGAUGGAAGAUUCUUCGAGGUUUGCUCCAGGAAUGCUCACGGAAGUUGCUCAAGAGCUCGUUGGCUUAGUCUUAGAUACGGACGUAGUGAGGAUAUUAGAAAGGCUAGAACAAGCGCGAAGGGAAAUACAAGAAAGGGACGAGGAACUCGCUAGAAGAAGCGAACGACUUAUGGAGCUCAACACAAAAGCUUCGGUGUGUGAGGUCGAACUAGCAUCAGCAUUGGAGCAGCGAGACAGAGCAAUGCACGACGCUUCAGAUUCUUCAUUGGCUCAAGACGAGGUGGUAGUAAAAGCGCGCGAAGACCGGGACAUUGCGGUUCAGAGACGGAUCAAAGUAGAGGUGGAGUUGGCCAAAACUAGAGUGGAACUUAUGCAAGCCAAUAGCCAGUUGCUCGAGACGGUUCAACAGAAGGUGGAGUUGAGUCAACAGCUUGAACAGUGGCAGAUGGAUAUGCACGAACUGCUCGACGAACAGCUCAAGAACAAGCUAUCCAACCAGGAAAUAAAGAUGAAGAUGCCCAGUGAACCCGUUGCUCCACCGAGGAGAAGACUUCUGUUACGGUUCUUUAACCGAUAGCAUACAUAUUAUAGCAUAAAGCUAGACCAAUUAGGGAAAUGACGUUGUAGACAUUGUAAAAACGUAUUAUGCCCAUUUUUUUUUUCGUAUUUUUUUACCGAAUUAAUUUUUAUCGUUACUUAAAUUUAUUUAACACGUUCGGUGCCUAUAACGCACGAGUAGCGUCACGAAGGUUUCAUAAAAGGUAUGGCUCAUAAGUGGCGUCAGUAGUAAUGUGUUACUAAAUGAACGAUUUAAGUGCCUACGUGGUACCAGCCAAGUGGCGCUUGUUCAAUAUUGGCACCGAACGUGUUAAGAGAGAAACAGUAAUUGUUUAAUAUGAAUUUGUUGUUAAUAGUGCCUUAGUUAUAAUGACGGGAGCGUUUAAAAUUUUUAACAUGUUUCAAUUAGCUUCCAGUUUUCAUUUUUAGGCUUCUAAAAUUGUUAGUCCAAUGACCAUUGUGUAGGUGGUCAACCAACGCUUCUCUUGUCUUCCAAUAAUCUCUUUGUCCAUGGCCCAUCUGUCAUUCUAGCUAUGUAUCUUGACCGUUUCCAUUUUAGUCUGGCUAUACUUUCGAUGACGUCAGUCACCUUAGUUCUUCUGAUCUGUUCGUUUUUUAUUUUGUCUCGCCGAGUUAUUUCUGACAUGGAUCGCCCCAUUCUUUUCUGUGUGACUCUUAGUUUGGUAGCCGUGGAUUUUGUUAAGGUAAGUGUUUUUGCUCCGUAUUUCAAGACUGGGAGGACGCACUGAUCAAAUAUCUUUCUCUUCUCGGUCUAAUUAUCCUUGUCAAUCAUGUCCUAGGUAUUUAUACCGCAUCUACACUCAGUCCUGUUGGACAGGGAAGUGGGCAGCGUGAAUGUGUAAAUGGCUCACUCGCGCUGCCGCUGCUAAUGCUACUGCCAUUGCACGGCGCUCCCUCAAAAGUCGGUUUUCGAGAUGGAAGUCAAAGGACUGGCAACGCGAGCGCGAGUGAGCAUUCACAUUCAACUACUCUCUCUCUCACUUGCUGCCGGCAAAGCGGCAAGUGAGUAAGCGAGGAAGACGAUGCUGUCGUCACAUUCCAUUUUUGAGAGUCGUUCGGUAAAUGAGUUAUGAGGAUAUUGGCGAGGAACUGAUGUGAACACCUCACUCGCGUCGAUAUCGUAUUUCGGGCAAUAUUUCUGGCAAAGGCAGAAGCAGUGGCAAUGGCUGAGUAUAAGUCCGGCAUUAUAUUUUAUCUACGAGUUCUAUUUCUUGCCCACUAAUACUGAUGUUCUGCUUGAGUGCCAAAUUGUUCAUUAUUUUUGUUUUUAGAUGUUUAUAUUUAAACCUACAUUUUCUGUAGACACAACGAGUUCCUGUACCAUCUCUCUUGCCAUUCCUAUAGCCUCAGCUAUUAUGACUAUAUCAUCGGCGAAACGUAAGUUGUUUAGAUCUUCUCCAUCUAUUUUUAUUCCCUUUUCAGCCAAUCCAAAUUCUUAAAAGCAUGUUGCAGCACUGUAUUAUAAAGAUUAGGUGACAUUGAGUAUCCUUGUUUAACUCCCCGUUUUAUUUUUAUGCCAUUACUAUUAAUAUGAAAUUUGACAGUGUUUUUUACCUAUAGGUAUAUAGGUAUGACAAUUUUGUAUACCUAUAAUCUAGCCUACCUUCAACAAGUGCCUAUAGUAUUUUGCUUAGCUCAGUUGUGUCAAGGGCUUUGUAGAAAUCGAUAAAUAUUAGCACUAGAAGUGCUAAUUUUCCCAUUUCCCUUUUCAGCUAUUCAUAUUGUAUCAUCCCUUUCGUUAUUCGUGAAUAUUCAUCCAACGUUAUCAGAAGCGAAUAUACACAAUAAAACAAAUCUAAAGUAUUUUGGGCCUUAUUGCUAUAUAUUUGACAAUUACUGUUCUUCUCUUUCGAAAAGUGUGAUUCUACUCUAUACUUAAAGUGUACUUACUUUAGUUUAUCUAACUUAUUUCGACUGUGCAUUUAGCGAAAAAUAAUCAAAAUUUUUCUAUAGUAGGCCAGUUUUCACAAAAAAAUAAUUUUAUAGAAAAAUCAUCACAAUUUUUAUAAGUAAUGUACAGGCUAUUCCAUUAUUAUAGAGACAAAAUUCAUCCAUAAUAUGUAUUUGUAAGUUGUUGAUAUUAGUGAAUAUUUUUUUGUUUUUAUCAAUUUGUGAUUCAAAGGACACCAUACACAUCUUAUGGAAAAUAUAAUGUCACUCAAAUACAAUAAAAUGUACAUUAUUAUAUUCGCCUUGAAAUUACAAUCAUUUUUAUUGAAUUUUUAUUAAUAAAGGCGUACAUUGAUAUAAAUAAAUCUAUAAUCAAAUUGGAAUAUACGUGAGUCAAAGAGAGAGAAAAUAUGUUGUAAACCACCAGUUCAUAAAUCUUUCUUCAGGUAUUAAAGCAAGGCUUACUCUUUUCUUAUAGAUAAUAAAGUAAAUAUAUAUGAUGGUCUGUCGUAACAAAGUAUAUAGUUCCUCUAAUCGGCUUAGCUCACACUGGGAAGCUGUUUUCAAUAGCCACUAGACUAAUAGUAUUUAUGAAUGACAGUUUUAUGGACUACAAAAAUGUGAUUUGGUAAACAUGUAAAUUUUAUUGCAUUUGAGUGACAUUAUAUUUUCCAUAAGAUGUGUGCGGUGUCUAUUUAAGAAAAUGAGUUCAAGAAGGUAUUUUAUAAUAAUGGGCGACCCUGUAUAUACCUAAAUUUUAAUUUUUAUUACGAGUCUUGGCUCACAUACCGAUUGUUGAUGCAUGUAGAUAUUUAAAGCAAUGUUAAAAGUAUUUUACUGAGCAGCUGUACCUCUGUAGAUUUUUAAUACUAGGAAAUAAUUGGAAAAAGUUAAUGAAUUUAGAUAAUUUAAUAGUUCGCUGGGGAUUGUAUUAUUUUGUAUUAUUUUGAUAUUUGUAUUAUUUGAUGUAUUAUUUUGUAUUAUACAUUUUGUAUUAUUUUGAUAUUUUUUUCGUAAAUAAAACACUUUUAUUGGCGUUGGAAGACUCUAAAGGCACGUAUCCAUUACGUUAGUGCUCCGUGUAACUGCUCGAAUGGAUACGGCAUGCUCUCCUCUAUAUACAGCGUGUUUCUGUAUACAGAAAUACUUUUUUUCAUUAAGAAACAGAAUUCUGACAAAAUACGUACUUUUUGUACAUAUUUUGUCGGAAUUCCAUCCGAAUUAUCUUGCAACGGAUAGUACUACAUUUUUGCCCUGCCGACUUUUAUAACCGAGUUACAGGGUGUUUUGUCGAUUUUGCUCAUUUCUUUUCUAACCCAUAACUUUAGAACCACCUUGUAUAUUUUUUUGAUAUUUGGUACCCAUAUGUCUCAUUCUAAACGUCCCGAACGACCAACAUAAUAAUCACUGGAAAAAUCCAGGUCCGGAUUAACAAAAAAUGCUAAAGUAAUUGUGACCUUAAAACAACACCCUGUAUAUUGAAAUUUUAAAAAUCUGUUUGCAUAUUUGAAAGGAGCACUAAGGAGAACUAAGUUUAUUGGUUCGCUUCAAUUUUUCGGCCAGACAAUUUUUUUACUUUAAUUUUGAAAUUAUAUUGAUUUUUUCAAGAACUCUGACAUUUAAAAGUAGGUAUUAUGGUAUUAUUAACUCUUAAUUAUAAAUUAUUAAAGUUAAUGAAUAAAUACUCAUUUUAAAAAUAAUCAAUAAUUAUUUACUACAUUGGAACGACCCAAUUACUAAUGACAAGAAAAAUCCAGGUCCGGAUUAACAAAAAAAGAUAAAGUAAUUUUGACCUUAAACCAACACCCUGUAUAUUGAAAUUUUGAAAAUUUGUCUGCGCAUUUUAAAAGAGCCUAAAAACUGUGAUUAAAGGUUCAUUUUAAUUUUUUGCGCAUAUGAUUUAAUUACAUCAAUUUUGAAAUUACAUAUAUUGAAAUUUUAAAGAACUCUGAGAUUAAAAACCCGGUAUUAUUAACUUUUAAUAAUUUAAUGUAAAUGGAUCAAUACUCAUUUUAAAAAUACUUAAUACUUAUUAACUACGCCGGCUUCAUGGAUUCUCUUAAUUUGAAGCUGUAUGCACAAUCAUUAAAAAUUAGAAUUGCGAGAAUUGGGAUAUUUUAAUUGAUUUAGUAAAGAAUAAAAAACAGCUAUAUGUAAUAAAAAAAUUCGUUUAAACAAUUCAACAAUUUAACAGAAAUUAAAAAUAUUUGAAUUAUAGCAGUUGCUCAAAAUGUCUGCCAUUUUGUUCGAUGCAUUUACUUGCUCGUUUUAAAAGAUUUCGAAUCGAUUUUCUAAUUACCUUAAUUUUUUGGCAACUUCUUGUCACCGGGACAGAAUUAAUCAAUAUGAUUUCAAAAUUGCCGUAAUUUUUAAUUUUUACUUGCACCUUUUAACGCAGUUGUUUAUUAUCUUUUAAAAUAUGCAAACAAGUUUUCAAAAUUUCAAUAUACAGAGUGUUGUUUCAAGGUCACAUUUACUUUAUAUUUCUUUGUUAAUCCGGACCUGGAUUUUUCUUGUGAUUAGUAAUUGGGUCGUUCCAAUGUGGUAAAUACGUAUUGAUUAUUUUUAAAAUGAAUAUUUAUUCAUUAACUUUAAUAAUUUAUAACUAAAAGUUAAUAAUACCAGCUUUUUAAUGUCAGAGUUCUUAAAAAACUCAAUAUAAUUUCAAAAUUAAAGUCAUAAAAUUGUAUGGCCGAAAAAUGAAAGCGAAUCAUUAAAUUUAGUUUUUAUGCUCUUUUCAAAUAUGCAAACAGAUUUUCAAAAUUUGAAUAUCCAGGGUGUUGUUUCAAGGUCACAAUUACUUUAUAAUGAUUUGUUAAUCCGGACCUGGACUUUUCUUAUGGUUAGUAUAUCGGUCGUUUGGGUUUUGAAUGUAUAUGUGUAGGUACCAAAUAUCAAAAAAUAUACAGGGUGGUUCCAAAGUUAUGGCUUAGGAAAGAAAUGGGCAAAAUAGAUAAAACACCCUGUAACUCGGCUAUAAAAGUCGGUAGGGCAAAAAAUGUAGUAUAUCUAGAACCGGCUCGGUGACCUCUAUUCAUCAUUAAAGUAUUUCCGUUUCCCAAUGAAACACUCUGUAUAAAUCGCCACCGGUUGGAUCGCCGAGGGUGAGCGCCGAGCGGAAGCACCAACGUAUCCAUUAUGUGGAGCUACACGGAGCACGGAGCACCAACAUAAUGAAUACGUGCUUUAAAAGAAGAAUAAUACUAACAUAAAUCAGAAAAACUAUCAGAAAUUGGAAACUAUGGGACCCUCUGCUACAUCUACUUUAUCAAUGUUGUAUCGAAAAAGUGCCUUAUAUUUGAUUUCCUCACAUUUUACAACGACUUUUAAUGUGUUUUAGAAGAUUUUAAUUGAUUCAUUAACUUUGUCCAGCUUUUUAACUUAAUAAUUAACCUAAAAACUGUGAUUUUAAUACGAAAGGCUAUACACCUGCACUUAUUUAAUAUAUUGUACAUUUUAUUAAAUAAAAUAUAUUAAUAUUUU